GUGAUAUCAACCCAGAAUACAUGGCGUAACUCUCAAUAAAUAUGGCGGCUUGCUGUGUAAUCUUUCAUAAGUAAAAGUGAAAAAAGAAAAAUGGGAAAUUUGCCUUCAAAUACGAGCAACGACAGUGACGACGACGAUGGAAAUUUAUUACAGGAUAUCACCGACAUAAGCAAUGUGAUAAAAGAUGAUCUUGAUAAUAGUUUUGAUUUGGGUGGGCUGUUUAAUCACAAACUUCUACGAGAGGCAACAUCCAAAACGAAAGAGGAGCCCACAGUUUCAAUACUUCAGCAGCAUCAUAGUCAGCUGUUACGCUGGGUUGAAGAAAGACGAUCUAGACAUGAAGAAGCAAUUACUUUGUCACAAUUUAUUGACAUGUUGAGUGAUCGAAGUGUAAGCAAAGAUGAUGCAACGGAAUUGUUCAAUCAGUUUGACGUAGAAGGUGAUGGUGUUCUUGAUCCUGAUUUUUUACAUAAUGCUCUUGUAUCAUCUGGGACAAUGCAUGCACAGAAAGGAGAAUUACGUUCAUCUCUCAAGACAUUGAAAGCAUGUUCAAUAUGUCCAGGAAUAAUUGAUGCAUUUGUUGCAAAUAAACAUUCAAUUUCUGACCAUGGGAAACGCCUUUUAAAGGUGAUUUUACGCAAUCGAGCUCCAAGUCCAUCCAUUCAGACGCCUGUAAUUGAAGGAUUUUGUAACACAACAGAAAUGAGAUUAAAAGUUUUAAAUUCUCAUUUGAAGGUUAUAAAGGAUAAAGCUGAGUUGAAGAAAAUUGAACCAUCGUGUGAAGCGGGAGAGUAUCUUCGUCCUUUGACCAAAUGUUUUAGUUCAACUGAAACAUCCAGCAACAAGGCUGAUGCCUUCAGGUUAACGAAUGGAGAUAGUAAUACUUACUGGCAAUCUGAUGGUCCAGCUAGAUCACACUGGAUUAGAUUACGAAUGAGAUCAAAUGUUGUUGUAAAAGAGCUUUCCAUCAACGUAGCGUCCGCUGACCAAAGUUACAUGCCACAACGAGUUAUUGUCUCAGGAGGUCGUGACGAAAUGAAUAUGAGAGAACUAAAUGAUGUUAGGAUCCCUAGUCAUGUUACGGGGAGUGUUAUGUUACUGGAAAAUGUCAAAAUGCCCUAUCAUGUCAUACAGAUCAACAUCAGACGUUGUCAUAGUGAUGGUUGCGAUACCAGAAUACGUGGUGUUACGGCUAUCGGUUACAGAGUUGUAAAAACAAAAGGUGUAAGUGUUGCUGAUGCGACAGCAGUUUGGUAUGUUUCCGUUCUCACAACUACUGCAACAAUGGCUAUGCCCGUAGCUCCUCAACUAAGAGAGAAAAUCUUAGAACAUACUCGAACCACCUUAAGUCACAUGAGCCCUCUGGCAUUAUCACCGACGUCGCCAGUACGACCUGCCUACAUUAGUUCAAGUGUCUUGGAUGAAAUGGAGAAGUUUCUUUUUAUGUUAGCUAGUCACGAUAACGUGGUAGAUUCAGAAGGAUUGCAGUUGUUGAUGGAGUUUUCGUUGGUUCGUGGUAAUUUAGGCGGGAUAUUUCAAGUUCUCAAGCUUCUUCAUGAUAACAAACACCUUACGUUUACUGCUAAAACCAUUGUCUCCUCUCUUGUUAAACAACACGAGAAAGCAAUCCUUAAACACGGUGGAAAAUUGCCUGCGGGGUUUGUUGGUUGUGACGGAGGCUGUAAGGAUGAAAAUUCUCGCCCUAAAAAUGUUUUAACGGAGAACUGGACGACAGAAGCUUAUUACUCUGAAAUUGGAACUUUAAAUGUGAACAUGGCCUUUAAUAGUGAAAACUUAACUACCGUUCAAUUGACAAAAAUUACCCUUAAGGUUUGUAAAGGUGGCAUGGGUCCUCGCUGUGGUUUUGUUUUCAUGCAUAAUGCCGUGCAGAUUAACAAUGGUGAACUGGACGUUGGUUAUUUGGACGAGUACAAUGACUGGGAUUACACCAAGUAUCAAGACUACCUGAAAAGAACUCAAGGUUGCCAUGCAAAAGAAAAAGAACCUGUUGCUUCAUUUUACUUAGACAGUGAAUGGGAUGAAAUUGAAGUACAUCUUGAUAAACCAGCUAUUGGAAAGUUCAUCAUUAUGAAAUUUACGGGAACACGUGACCCAAAAGCGGAACGAAUGGGAAUUCUAGGAAUACAGUUUUAUGGUUAUGAAAAGACUUACGAUGAAAUGGAGGAAAGUGAAACCUGGAAAACGUUGACAAUGUUGCCUGAAAACGAACAAGUGUCCGGAUCAACACUUUUACUUCAAGUUCUUUUAUUCUUGGAUUGCAUGGCAAAAGAUCUUAAGGCUCAAACAAAAAGGAAAAACGAGGCAGAUGUAAAUGAAAAGGAAGCGAAGCUAGAUAUGAGUAAAAUCUCAUUGAAACAAAUCUGGGACGUGUACACAUCAAUAAAUGCGAGUGAAAACGAAGACACGGUGUUUGCUUGUAGUCUUGUGUUGAGAUUGUUUCACCAAGCCUUGCCUUAUCUCAAACAUGAUGCCAACGAGAAAGUUAACGGAGAUGUUAAAGAAUUGUCAGGUCACGUGUUUCAGCAUCUUUGCAACAUCGUUGAUGAUAAAACAGGGAAAUAUCAUCCGAAAAUCACAGAUGUUGCAAAGAAUAUAAUUUUAGAUGGGACCGAAGUAUUUUUCCGCGACGCAAAAACAAGACGAGAUCAUCUUCUAUGUAUGGUCGACGACGUGAUGGAAGAUAGUCAACUACCAUCUUUGGCUUUGACCUUUGAAUCACUGUGCAAAUUCUUCAGUAACAAAGACGCCAGUGGUCUGCUUGGUUUACCGAACACAUUUACAAAGACUGUUUUUGAACCUCGGUCAGUUCUCUCUGUGAUGUCAACUUUGGUAUCCGUAGCUUAUCAAGAGUGUGAAACAGCUCUACAUUGUGAUUUUGAUAAAAAUAAAGAAAAUAAAACAUCAAGCUUGGUUCAGCUACUCAGUGCGAUGCAGAAAAGUCUAUUGACGUGGGUGAAACAGCAGGUUGAGACGAACAACGUUGAAUGGAAGGAAAUUGCCUUUCUUAUUGUCGAGAAAUAUGUAAAAUUGAUUGCAGAGAAAAUAACGCGUGCAUUGUCUGUGAUUGGAAAGUGCGAAAAAAAGGACGAAGCUAUUUCAAUCAUGGAAAAUUCAUUUAUCUCACAUACCUUUAGACAAAUGGUUUUGUUUCUUAACACUUUCUCAUUGGUGGAUGAAUUGUGUCUGAUUCUCUUACAUAAUCUUUAUCCUGUUGCUGUUGAGAUCAGAAAUAUUGCCGAAAAGCAACCAAGAUAUUUUAAAAAGUCCAAUAUUUUGGAAGACUUGAGUGGUGAUCGUGUAAUUCUUAGAAGUUGGGAGAUGGAAUCCUCUCAUAAUUAUGAGAACAAUCAAAAUUUUACGCGGGUGUUUUCAUGUCCUGGUUGCAGCGAAUUUCUCGUUCAGUUUGAUCCUAGAUGUGAAACAGAACGAAGAUAUGACUAUCUGGAGUUCACUGAUUCUAACGGAGUGAAGAAAAGAUUUGAUCAAAAAGUUGGUACUGAGAAAUGGCCGACGGAGGUUGAAUUUAACUGUGGCGACAAACUUAGUUUUCUCUUCCAUUCAGACGGCAGUAACAAUGAGUGGGGAUACAAAUUUACGGUUACUGCACGUGAUAUGCCUCUAUCUUGGCUAUUUGACCUACAGUUGGGUCUUGCCAGCUUAUUUGGUCUUUUUUGCAGCUCUUUAAUGGCCGCCAACUCAAAAAACAGUAAAAAAGACGAACAAACGAAAGUCGAUGGCGAUGGCUGUUUAUUGCAGAGUAACAUUUGGACAACUUUAUUUCGUGCUGGUAUUACUAACAAUGGUAAAUUACAGAGAUCUUUGUCUGGGCAUCAUGCAACAACUUUUAGUGAUGACCAUCAAGUUUACAAGUUUGCUAAAGAUAUCGCAACCGAAGAAUCAGGAAAUGCCUACGAACUUUUGAAAAGAUUUCAGGAAUCCAGUAAUACUCCUCGAGUUGGAGGAGCUAAAGUUGAUGAAGCUAUAAGAUGCGUGUUCGCCGCCCUUGUAUGGCAUUCUCAACGACUUCGUGAUGAACUUGUCUUAUUUGCUUCAGAUUGUCCCCCAGAGACAAUACCUGCAGGGAUCUCUGAAGCCUAUAAGACUGCUGAAUCAUUGCGAAUGGGUUUGGUGGAAGCACGACAGAAAUUGAUCAUUGAAGCUGAAGAAGGGAAACAAAAAAAUGGAAAAAUCAUUGAUCCCGAUGAAGUUGUAACCAGUUGCAAAGAGAAAGCUUUAUUUCUGUUAAAGUUUUCAGGAUUAACAAGAAUUGCUUCAUCGACUGAUAUAAAAGAAACUCAUGAUGUUGUCAAUUCAAACAAGAAAAAUGCUUUUCAUCGAAUUUCAAUCCAUCGGAGACGUCAGACAAAAUCAUCAGAAGACACCAACAAGACUUCACAUAAAUAUCCAUCCUUUAGGCUUAUUGUUGAUUUUGUUUCAAACAAUAAUUAUUCCCACACUCGUAUCGAGUCUCUGCUCCACGAAAGAAAAAAACUGGCAAAUAGCUUACAUGAAGUUUACUUGUUUGCCGCUGAAUAUAUUCGACUGUACUCAAGACCAGAUAUAUUCCAGGCUCCGGUGGUAAUUUUCCUUCAACAAAUGCUUGUUCAUCAAAAGUUGUAUCCACGUCAUUACGGCGACAAUCUGGAUGGUUGUGGAUUGGAACUAGAAGGUCGAGUAAGAAAGUCAUAUUAUACUUUUCUGAGAAGGUUACUGGAAAGUGUUCGUUCAUUUGAUGGUGAUGCCGAAGAUGAGAGCUCUCGAUCGAAAUCAUUCAUCUGCAUUCGUGCGUUUUUACUUCACUUUCUCGACAUUGAGUGGAAAUCAUAUGAUCUUGCCUUCCUCAAUGAAACAAAUCUACCAGAAUUCUUCUUGAAAACUUCUAAAGCAACAAUAAGUGCUCUUCAGCAAUGCAACUCCGAGCUGUCCGACCAACGAGAAUUAGAUGAAUAUAAGGAAAAUAUGGCUUGGAAAGAGCAAGCGACAAAAGGUUUUAAUGAAUGGUGGGAAGCCAUGCAAAGUAAAGUGAAUAAUCCUGAUGAAAAAAGAAGAUUACAUCUGUUUCUCAGUCGUUACGCUGAGCUUUUUGAUGUCGACGUAUUCUGUGAUGGUUGCAAACUUCCUUUAACUCGCUCUCGUUAUCGCUGUCUUAACUGCUUUGAAAUUGAUCUAUGUUCGACAUGUUAUACAGGCAAUGUUAGACCCAAUGGACAUUCGAGUGAUCACGAAGUUGUAGAAAUGAGAUGGAAAUGUGAUGGUUGUGAUGGCUUUAUUAUUGGAACUCGUUUCAACUGUACUGUUUGUCAUGAUCUUGAUUUGUGUUUAGGAUGUUACACUGCAAAUGUUUGGCCUGAACGUCAUUCUGCUUCACAUUCAAUGAAAAAAUUUACCAAGAAAAUGGGACUGUCAAUUCAUCAAAGAAUCCCUGCUUAUACUCAUACGCAUUCUUGGUUUCAAUUUACUUCGCUUUCCCUUUCUCUCGCUAAUGCACUUAAUGAUCCUGGAUCUAGUGAUGCAUAUGGAGAUUACAUGUACACAACAGGAAUACUCCACGGCAAAUGUCUUUCUUUGAUGGUUAAAUGUCUCAACGAAGCUCUUAAUGUCGCUAAAUUUGAAAAGCAACAAGAGGAACAACGUAAAGCGGCCUUGUUGAAGGAUUCACUGUUAAAAAAUACCGACGCUACGGCAUCAUCCACCGUCGGCGCAACUGGCAAAACUAAUGUUUCUAAAAAGUCAGAUGAAAUAAACUCUGAUGUAUCGAAAUCCAAGUCUACUUCAGCCAUAAACGAUAAACCCUCAGAUAUUGAAAAGUCUAACUUCUCGGAAACAAAAACUGAUGUUGCUUCAAACUCCGAGACUUCUAUAGACAUUACUAAGGACAUCCCUCAUCAACCAUCGUUUACAUCAGAUAUCCCAAUACAUCCUACGGCAACACCUGAUGCAUCUCACUCAAGUGUCGUUCAGUCUCAAAGAUCCCAAUCCUAUCCUGAUGAUGAAUCAAUCGUAUCAAAGAAAGAAUCUCUUGAAGUUGAGCCUUCGGCCUCUGGGUCAGAGGUUACUACUUUGACGGAUGCCUCCGAUAAAACACUUACCAUGAAUACGCUCGCCGAUAUUCUCCAAGGAGAUGAUAGCGUUCCUUUGUCAUUGGUGAAUAAUGGUGAAAGCUCAGUUAGUGAUGGUUGGGUGAAGUUAACUGAAGAACAACUAAACGCUCUCUUUGUAAAAGAAACACUUGAAAGUCUUUUGGGAUUGUUAGGAGCCAUGUUACCAAAAGACUCCAAGCUCACACAUUGGACAAGUUGUAAUCCAAACGCAGAACAAUUUUUGAUAACUGAGCUCAUUCCUGUGCUUCUAAAGAUGGCAAGGUCUCCUGAUGUUUUGUUCACUCACAGAAAUAUGACCAUUGCUGUUUUAGGAAAAUAUUUACAAUGUAUCUCACCGGAGUUGUGUGAUAGGCUGAGCGCACCCGAGAAAGGCAAAGAAAAUGAAAGCGACAAUCUGUGUUUUAAUGAUUUAUGUGGAAAGGAUAUGAUAGAAUCGUUGUUCCAGUUCGGUGCUGGAUGUCUUGCAAGAUCUGAUCUUGAGUCAGCUUCAAGUGUCGCAUCUUGCCUUCAACAUUUAAGUCAGUCGUUGCUAUGGCAACCAAGCAUAACGUAUCACGUGACGCAGUCUCUCACAGCGCUUACAGAAAAUUCUGAGCAUCCACAAUUAGGAAACAUCUUUGGUGUGUUAGUGUUUGCUGGCUUUCCCAAUGUUAUUCAAAUUGGAUCUCGUGUUUUGAUGAAGAAUCAGAGUAGUUUAGGAAAAGAAGGAAUUGCUUUAUCUUAUUCAAGUAGCAAUGGAACAGCUGUUGUUGCUGAUACAAAAACAAGAAAAAGAAUAAGCAUUAAAGAAUCCAAUCUACAAGAAAUGUCCGUUUUUGUGGAGUUCCAAAGUAGUUCCCAGUUUUCAACACUACUCGCUAUUGCGCAAGAUAUUUUACUUGCAUUAAAUGGGGAGAAUGAAGUAUCCAUUGAACGAAUGUGGGUUUUGUAUUUGGUUUUGAAAGCGAUAUUAUCAAAUUUGAAAGGAAGUAAAGCUACAGAAUUACGAAAUGAUAUAAUGAAAAGUUCUCUUCUUCCCUCAUUGUUUGCAUUAGCGUCUCAAGGUACCGACUUAAGUCGAAUGUGGCUUCUCAGAGACCUUGAGAUUUUGUCGAUUAAAUUGUACAAGAAGCAACUUGAUGGAUCUAGGAAACUUCCUAAACUCGAGUUGAUACGAAGUGAUUCUGAAACUAAAGAAUCAAGUGCAGUUCAAGCGACAAAUGAACCUUUACGAGCUCUUCUUCUGAGUUUCCAAGAAGCGAUACAAGCCCCUAUGGCUUUAUUGGAAACAAUAUUGCCCAGAAAUGAUCAGGCGAGGUUAAUGGAGGAGGUUCAUCGCAGUUUGCGUGAAGAGGCUGCAAUACGUCGUUCUCAUACUCAAUCAAGUCCUAAUGAAGAAAUUCCUGAGGCAGAUGAUACUUCCAUUGAUUUGGGUGUCGUUCGCUAUUCCCCAGCUGAAUUACGACCGAAAACAUUUAAAGCGAAGGAAGAAGAUCAGAAAACGUGCGAAAAGUUAAUGCCUUUUUUCACAGAACAGGAAGUAAUCGAGAACCAAAGAUCUUUAGCCAGGUUGAAGUCUGGAAAUCUUCUGAGGACAGAAAUGGACAAAGAUUCCCCUCCUGAAAUGAUAAAAAAGGUCAAUAAAGCAUUGUGCAUUCUUUAUACCCGUCACGUGAUCAGUCGACUGUUGGCGGAAUGGCCCGAGGAUAUAGCUCUGACGUCAGACGUACUAAACGAUGGAGAUGAGGUGCAAUUAAUUGGUAUCUUGGAUCUUAUACAGAGAAUUGAAACGAAAGAAGAUUUUGAAAAGGUCGUGACUCGAGUUGUGAGUCGAGGUGAAGCGAAGUUAAUACAACCAUUAUCUCUUACUGCUGCUCAUUGCAUGGGAGAAGUUGAAUUAUCAUCGGAGACAAGAGAGACGGAGCAUUCUUACAAGAACGAUCUUCAUAAAGAGGACAAAGUUCAUAUUCCUGGUGCUGCUACAUUGAGCAUAAAAUUUGAUCCGAGGUGUUCAACUGAAGAGGGUUGUGACACAUUAAUAAUGUCUUCCUCACCCAACUAUACAGACAAUAAACGUGAAUUUAGCGGUCAAAGUAGCUGGAUUGACUUUGAAAUACCAGGUGACACGUUGUAUUUUGUUUUUCAAUCUGACUCCACAAAUACAGACUGGGGUUGGAAAUUUACCGUCACUGGUGGACAACUUGGAAGAUUUGAGACUGGAUAUACCAUAUUGAAAGCUCUUUUGGUUCCUGACCUUGACUUAGCCAGAUCGCUGCCUUUAAAGAAACUGUGGAAGUGGUUGGUUUCUGUAGCCUGUAGUCAAACUGGCGAACAACGCUUAAUGGUGACUGGUUUGUUACUGAGAGUUCUUCUUGUAUCAAGUAAUGUUCCAGUGAACGAGAGACCAGAGUUGAAUCUUUUAAACUCACUUUGGGCUUUAUACUCUAACAUGUUGGAAAAAGAGACAAGUGGUGUACCGUCGUCCCUUGUUCCACCAGCUGUUCGUGGGCUCACAGAGCUCUUCCUAGUUGUUGAGAAUCUAGCUCAGGAAUGGGGUAUUGCUGAAGAACUAAUUGUAGGACUGACCACAGACGAAGCAUUGAAACGCUGUUUUACUCAAGCUGUCUGGAAUGUUGGUGCCAUUGGUGCAGCUAUAGGUCUACCUAACAAGGCUACUGAAGCGUUGAAGCAAUCAAUAGCUACCACAUCAACAACAGAUGAACACAAGAAGAGCGGAAAAACAAAUUCUACGAAGAAACCAAUUCCACGAUCUUCUUUGAUUGAUCCCUUGGGCAGUAGCAGCCACGUUCGGUUAGGAGGGAUAUAUUAUGGUAGCAGCGACACAAGCACGGAUUCAGACGACUCUUUCAGUGAUGGCGACGACGACGACGAUAUUAGUGGCAGCGAAAACAUCUUGUAGUUUUUGUGAGCGCUUUAUAUUCAAAAUAAUUAACGCCAUGGAUUUGGACGUUUGAAAGAGCGUGGCUUCAACGUAUGUAAAGUCAGUCACUCUCAGAGAAUUAAAGUCGAUGGGAUUAAAUUCUUUAAAAGAUCAUAA